AUGGAGGAGGCUCCCAGUCCGCCUGGGUCAAUGGGGAGAGCUAGUUUGGUCGAUAUCAAACGCAAGAGCAAUAUACCUCCUGACCCAUCUGAGUGGCUUUGGGACCACGGGUCGAAAAUGUCUUCACGGCGCACACUCCGCCGUGAGGAAACUUUGAAUACUGGAGACAAGCAUCUCGCAACUCGUGAUUCGUAUCACAGUAUGUCGAGCGUUGUGUCUGCAUUUGUUACCGUGGACGAAGAAGUUCAAAAUUACCGGACUAGGAAUGAUCUGAGCAUCCGGUAUUAUUCACAUGGGGACAUACCGAAGGUUCAAAUCUACGAUGUCAAUGGCCAAUUGGAGACCAGCGCGAGGAACUCUUUACACCGGGGUCAUUCUCCUGAGGUUACUCUCCUCAAUUUUCCGGAUAGUGUUUGGAAGAAUCUCGCUACCCUUGUAAGUUACAGGUAGCCCCCCAUCGGCUCACCAGAUUCCAGAGAAGCUGACACAAUAUAGAUGGAGCCGUGGGAUUUGUCGCGUCUAUCCCGUUGCUCAAAAGGGCUCCAGAGAGCAAUUGAUCCGCAUCUCUACGCAGAAAUAAGUCUUUGCACUAACCAACCCCACGGGUUCUCCUACGCCUACCUUUCUGGUUUGUUGGAUUCCCUGACUGAACCGGGAAAUCACGUCAAGCUUCGGCGAUAUGUGAGAUCCUUUAAGGUUGCCGCUGGCUGGGAGGAAAACUCUAUCAAGCUCUACGACGGUGUGGAGCCCCUUACUACUGACGAUGUUCGUGACGCCGACGGUGAACAGAUGCUCGAUCCGGAAACUGUUAUCCAGCUGAUAAAGGAGGAAGGCGUCGAAGAGGAUGGUGGGGUUAAGGAAGUGAACUAUCUGUUGGCUACUUUCUUGAGCUAUGCUGUUGGUUUGGAAACAUUUAUUCUCGAUACAGCUAUUCCAUUGCGAAGUGGACUUAUAGCUACCAUUGCUACAGUGGAUACCAUAAGGAGAGUAGAAAUAAACAUUGCCCAACCCACUCGGACACAGAGGAAUGCUGAUGACUGGAGGAUUUUGGAAAAAUCUCUGGUUGGAAAGUACAGACCAAAUAUUUCUCGAUUUUCUGAGCUCUCUCUAUUCCACCUAAGGCUCACCAACCUCCCGACUAGAGGCGGCCCAUGGUAUGUUGGGUUGUGGAAACUGAUCGAGGGACUUACCACCCUCAGUGUCCUUCAGGUUGAACUACCAGUCAUCAGCAGGGCCAGAUAUCCUAAAGUAUUUGACGAAAGGGGUUGGUUGAUCCCGCUUGCUGGAACGUUCGCUCCAAAGAUACCACCAACUUGGGAAGGCAACACCUCGUGUGUCCAUACAUUGACUUUGUCAGGGUUUAUAGUCGAUGCUGCCCUGAUAAAAAAUGUCAAGAGACUGUCUCUUAUUGGCUGCAUGCGCAUGAAGUCAAAGUUUCGCCCCGAAUGGACCAAUCUUGAGUACUUCCGUGCCACUGGCUGGGCCUUCAUCGACCUUGCAAUGAAGUCUACCGAUAAAACCACUAGAGAGCUGCACUUCACAGCAACCCCAGGGGAAAUUUCGCCUUCUCCUACAGUGGACCUCACAAAAAAAAUCUUCCUUGAACACUACCCUAUCCUCCAUAACCUGCAGAAAUUGACCCUAAAGCCCCAAUGGCAUCUUGCUCCGCGCGAGAUGACUUAUCUGCUCCGUCAUGGGAAUCGCCUCACGUAUCUUGGAUUAUGGGUUCCAGAGGAGGUCUGGGGACUCUUUCUCCGCUAUGUCCCUUCUAUGCAUCGUCUUCAGAAGAUUCACAUUCUCAACGAGGGCGUCGACAGGGUUGGAGAGGUGGCGGGCAGGUUGAUUGGCUCCAGUAGGAUCUACCAGGGGACCAUUAUUGCGAUUGGAAAAUGUGCCUGGAGAGUUACCCUCGUGCGGGAUUUAUUUGAUGACUGGCAAUGGGGGGUUGUGAGGAUUAGGGAUGGGCUCGAUGAAGUACUUGGGAAGGGACUUGGUGGGGGUUGCUAGGGGUUACGGAAAUCCUGGGGUUGAUCUCAGUGAUUCUCACUCGUCAACGCGCGCAGGGAGGUUCAAGUGUGCCUUUUGGGUGAACCUUGGGGAUCAGAUGGAACAUUUACAUUGGAGUUCUGGUACGGAGAAAUUUUCAUGUGAAUUUUCCCGGUUUUCUCGGAUUUACUUGUCUUUUUCCCUUCUCUCUAAAAUUGGUGUCCAACCGUUGGCUUUGCUUGAGCCUUACUCGCCCUUGAUAGUUCAUGUUGGUCAUCAAUAAUAUGUCUCAAUUAUCUCAUAGGUCUCUUGGGCAUAGCUUAGGUCAUCAAUGGAAGAAUCGUAGUUCCUCUAUCUCUACUCUG